AUAAUACUACACAAUCGUUUAACAUAAUUUCAUAAAUUAAAAAGGUUGUUAUAUUUAGUUAUCACAUAAAAAAUAUGGAAAUUAAAAAAAAAAAACAAAAUUAAUCUUAUUAAACAAAAAUAAAAGACUUUACUAAUACAAAUUGAGAUGAGUGAAUACUGAAAUUUAAUAAUAAGGUGACUAUUGAGAGGCAAUUAGAGUAUGCAUGAUUAUAUUGGCCAUUAUGGGCUUCCAAAUUACAUCAUUUGCAAAAACUGUGCUAAAUGAAAAUAACACCAGAAAAAGGGUACCUGACCUUGUUUUCUUUUGGCUUAAACUUUGAGAGUUACUGGUUACCCAAUAUUUAUGUUAUGUUAGGAUUAACAUCCUGCUCAAUCAUUAUUGCAAAAAGGGUUUCCAGCAUUGCCAUCUGCAAAGCUUCUCUUUCAUUUCCUUUUCCAUCCCCAUUUUGCCACAUUUGCCUCUCAGAAAUUAGUGAAGUUUUGCUCACUCACUCCAAAUCAUUAGAAGGAACUUGGCAUUCUCAUGAACACUACAUUUCUCCCUUCAAUAUUGCACCAGACAUUUUGUUUUACAGCAGCUACAAUUCCUUUUAUGCCUACAACUCUAUAUAACCACUAUUUCUUUUGUUCUCAUUACAGCAAAAAUGGAUUCAAUGUUUUUGGUUUCCAUCUUGGCUUGCAUCUGCUUUCCUUUAGUUAUUUCCAAUGCUCAAGCACCCACAGCAUCACUGGUGGCUUUGCCUACUGCACCUCCGGCUACUACCAUCACACCUCCGCCAACUACCACCAUGCCCCUGCCGACGACCACACCAACUGUGCCAGUAAAAUCACCAGUAAGUGCUGCUAGACCUCCAGCUGCAAUCACUCCUAUAGCAUCACCAACUCCUAAAGUAGCACCAGCUAUCAGCCCGACUUUCCUACCUCAUAUUCCACCACCAGAACCCCCACAAAUUCCUCCAAUUGUAGCUCCAGCUCAUCCACCUGUACUGCCACCACCACCAGCUAUGCUGCCACCUGCUUUACCACCACCACAUGUGUCUCCUGCUCCAGCACGAGCACCCCCAGCACCAGCACCAGCUAAGGAAGUACCAGUACCAUCACCAGCAAUGCCACCGCCAAGGCCAACACCAACACCAACGCCACAGCCAGCACCAGCACCAACACCCAUACCAGCACCAGCACCAGCACCAACACCAACACCCACACCAGCACCAGCACCAACACCCACACCAACACCAGCACCAGCACCAACACCCACACCAACACCAGCACCAGCACCCACACCAACACCAGCACCAGCACCAGCACCCACACCAACACCAGCACCAGCACCAGCUCCUCCACCACUGGCUCCAACCCCAGAAUUAGUGCCUCCACAUGCACCACCUCCACCCAAGCACCACAAGAAGAAAAGAAGGCACAAGCACAAGAAGCAUCAUCAUUCACCAGCUCCAUCACCAAUUCCUCCCAGCCCACCAGCCCCACCAGCCCCACCUACCCCAGUAACAGAUUCAGAGGAUACAGCUCCUGCACCCUCCCCAAUUACGAAUGGAGGAAAUGCAAUGUAUCCGCUGGGAGGAAGACCAGGAAUGUGGGCAAGGACAAUAGCAAUUUGCUUUUUGCUGCUUGUUACAGGCUACAAUUUUUAGCAAUUUGAUAUUGAAGAGAGACAAUUUAUAUGUACAACAUAAAUAACAAUUUAAAAUUCAUAUAAAAUGAAAUUAUGAUGUAAGAGGCAUGCCAAUGGAUUCUCCA